AUGAUGGCGGAUGAACCGACAGUUUUGCGGAAAGACCAGCUGGAAAUCAGCUUGGUCGAGGAGAAGAAAUUGAUCAAAGAUGGAACCAUCAAGGAUGACAAUCCUCUGGAUCUCAGUGAGCCAUUCCGGGAACUAUGCAAUGCAUGUCGUCAGGGCGAUUUGAAAGUCUGUCAAGAGAAGAUCUCUGAAGGCGUAAAUGUCAAUGCCCGUGAUCCUUAUGAUUACACGCCAUUGAUCCUAGCGAGUCUGUGCGGACAUUAUGAAACUGCCCAGCUGCUACUCGAGUCCGGUGCGUUGUGUGAGCGAGACACUUUCCAGGGUGAAAGAUGUCUCUACAAUGCUUUAAAUGACCGCAUCCGAAACCUCCUCCUCGAAUAUGAUUACUCCAAAUCAACAGACCCCUUGCAACCACUCGCUGCCCAUAUCACGUCGCUGCUGGUGCGAGAGUCGCCAGUCACUGCCGAUAUCGUUGUAACGGCCUCCGACCAAUCGCUCCAUCUCCACAAGUUCAUCCUCGCGGCCCGCUCCCCAUACUUCCGUGCCAAACUGGCAGCGGCUCCGGAAUCUGCAACAUGGAAGCUUCCCAGCACAAUUCCACCCGAAGCAUUUGGUGCUGCAAUCAAGUAUCUUUACUUUGGAGAAGCUCCUCGGGACCUGAGGAGUGGGCCAGGGACAGGAUUUACUGAAUCCGAGACCUUCGCCGGAGUGGACCGAAUCUCCAAAUACCUGGAUAUCCCCAGCCUUCCAGAUAGCAUCCUCGAAAGUGGAGAUAGAAGGCGCGCCCGACAACGAAGAAAUGACGAGAUCUCCAAGGGCAGAGACCAGAUGGAUCAAUGGUUCCAGGAGAAUGUCCUGGGUCAUAAGAUGGUGGUGGAGACCUCAAAGGCGAACGAAAUCCAAUGGAGCCGAAAUAAUGCAAUCUUCGCCGAUGUCCUUCUACGAGCGGAUGAUCUGCCCGACGAAGAAGAUAUCGCAACCGGUGCUGCGCCCGCCGAAGGGCCAAAAUCCACCAUCUUCCCAUGCCACCGCGCGAUGCUGCUACGCUCUGAAUUUUUCCAGACCAUGUUUUCAUCUACCUUCCGCGAAGCAUAUGUCAAAGAUCAGCUCACGAUUAUUGACGUUGACUGCUCACCCGAAGUUUUGGAAAUCGUUCUGGCGUUCUUGUAUACUGAAAAGGCCGAUUUCCCCUUGGAGGUCGCCGUCGACGUCCUUUUCGCGGCUGACAUGCUGUUCAUCGAGAAGUUGAAGACAAAAGCAGCCGUGGUCAUCAGUACCCUCGGUAGUGCCGGAAUGUCUCAAGCGGAGGCCGCGAAAACCCGCGGCACAACGGACGAAGACGACAUUGAUAUCUACUCGAUUGUCCGGGCUGCGUGGUUGACACGCGUGCAGCGACUGGAAGAAUUCGCCGCUCGCUAUCUGGCAUAUCGUCUUGAGGCCCAUAUAGAUACGCUCGAGUUCGCAGAGCUGAUUCAGGAAUCAGCGUCUCGUAUCAAAGCGAGACAGGAAACUGACUCCAUUGAAAUGCUGGACGAUAUUCGUUUCUACCUUGGCGAGCGCUUUAGACUGCGUUUCGAUGAGGCGGGCCUCGAUGAGAUGAUGGAGGAAGAUGUACAGUCGCAUGAGGAUGAUACGGAUGAAGAGGAAGCUGAUAACAAGCUCACGGAGGGCGUCGCCGCUUUAGAUGUCUCUAAGGGGACCUCAGAUCCUGAAGUCGAGGCCCCGCAAGAGCAGGGACCAGAGAUCCGGGCUCUAGAUGGCGCGCUCGUUGUGGAUGAAUUCUCAGAAGAUGCCUUGAACUAUGAGAUUCUUCUUGAGAAGCUAGACGAUCUCUUGGAGAGGCUCAACCUUGAGGCUUAG